UCAGUGCAGAAAAGUUGAAUUUUUCGCGACAAAAACAAAAGCAUUUUCUACGGUAUCUUUUCGCUACGGUUCGUAGGUUGUAUAUUUGCCGAACGCACCACUCUCCGGCAAAGGCACGGAGAAUCGGGUAAAGUUUCAUUCGCUUGCCACCGCCCUACCUUCAUUCGCCAAACAUUCGCAAACACAGCUCACGGGCAUAGUGCGUGCAGUUGCCGAAAACUUAAAAUUAAGACGUAAUCUUCCGCUCGGGACAACAAAUCGGAUUAUUCUAUCGUAUCGUGCGACAGGGCGGACAGUGAAGGACACAUUGGAUUAGAGCACGUUACAAAGCUAGAUCGCUUUGCUCUACUGCAGUACGAACAAUCGUAUGCCCUGGUCUGUGUGUAUGUAACACAUUUCCUAACAUUUGACCUUGCCGUAAAGUAGCCGUCAAAAUUAGCGGAGAAACAAGAGUACGCAAAAUGUCCUUCAGUUCGGACUCACCGGAUGCGAAAAAGCCCUGCAAGGGUAUCCUCAAAUCCUCGAGCAGCUUCGACAAACAUUCGGCGGCAUCAUCGGUGCAUAGGAAAAGUGCCAAAUUUGAUGAGCUGAACGUGCUACAGACGUACCAUCCGCCGGAUAAAGAUUACGGUCACAUGAAGGUGGACGAACCGAAAACUCCCUUCAACUACGUGGAAGCGGCCGACGUCGAUCAACUGGACGCAGAAGUACUCGCGGAAAGAUUACGCGUUGCAGCAGACGCUCGCAGUGAUGCCGUAUCCGAGGAGGAGCUGGACGAUGACGACGAGGAGGAAGAAGAAGAACUCACGGAGGAGCAGAAAAAGCGUAAGCUAGAAUUCGAACGACGCCGCAAAGCACACUAUAACGAGUUCGAGGCAGUUAAGCUGGCCCGCAAACUUAUCGAAGAGGACGACGAGGAGGAGGAGGAAGAGCAGGCCGAUGAUGAUCCAAACAAAGCGGACGACGAGCCAAGUUCGAACAAUACGCGCCCAGCUGCUACAGAAGGGUCAUCCAGCACACCUGCCGGUAAGGGCGAAACGAGAAUGGAGAUCGAGGAAGAGGAAUCCGAUCGAAAUGCAAGCAACCGGGCGAAUAAGGUUGGCUCCGCCGAAAGUCCGACCGCACGAUUAAAACCAGGUAUGGAGGAAAUUGUUUAGGCGUGUGUGUGUGUAAGUAUCGUCAACCGUGUUGGUACCGUGUUGGUCGAGCGGGGCAGAAGGUGGAGGAGGAGGACGAAUGAAUGGGUGGCACCCAUUGUCACGGAUGGAAACAUUUACGCUUCCACAGCCGGAUCGCGUGCACACCGCCGUUUCCGGUGGGUCCGGUUUUUUACAAACCGUACGAUUGUCCAUAUAGACACACACACACACGCAUACACACAAACAAACA